AUGUCAAAACCCUUAUUACCAAAUACACCUAUACGACAACGAUUCCGUUACGGGUAUAUGAAGCAGCAACUGAAGAAUCAACAGCUAAAACAACGAAAAGUAUCAUUCUCAAGUAUCAAUUAUGUUGGCAUGGCUUAUGAAAAUUAUGAUAGACAUACCGCUUAUCUUAAUGGCAAUAGUCAGAUAAAUGAAAAAACAAAAAUAUGGUUUACAGGUAGAACUAAAGCUAAUACAAAAUAUAACAAAAAUUUCCAAACAAGAGGCGAAAAAAACGACAUUGUUGGGAACUAUGAUUGCUCAGAAGAAUUAUUUACAUCGUUUAAUUGA